AUGCCCGGUAAACUUGAAUACUCUCGAGGAUGGCUGGCAAAUCGAACACCCCAGCAGAGACCAGACCACUUCGUUCUCGACGCCUGGUACAGCACGCUUGUUAGCAUCGCUUCAAUUCAGUUGGAAAAAACGUCAGCAGUGGGGAACAAGCACGAUCCAGGGUGCAACACUCGCUCGAAUAUUGACACACGCUUCGCGCACUUGCCAACCCAUAUUUGUGAAUUGGAUUACAUCCGCCUGGCCUUUGUGAAACUGCGAAUUAACGGUAGCAUACUAGCACGUGCCCGACCUACCAACGACGAGUCGAUGAUAGCUGUUCCGGCUCCAAAAAGCUUCCGAAAACAAGAGGUGACAUUACUUAGUCAUCAAUUGACCCCAGCAACUCCUCCCAAAGUAUUCCUAAGCCGAGUAAAUCUUAUCUCGCCGACUCUGAGGAUGCUGAAGAUGAGCUUGAAGAGCCUUUGCAAGAGAUUUGUCGGUGAAAUUGACGCACCUGAAACUGGACCAACCAUCCUAAUUGCUAACUUCCUCGAACAGCUUGUCGGAUUACUCAAUGUCGACCACACGAACACUAAGACCGAUCAGGUGGCAAGUAAGACUUUAUCCAGUGUUCAUCCAAGUUGCCUGCAGUCUACUCUGAUUGUAUACUAA